GAUAAGUAUGAAUAAAAAUUAAAUUUUAUGUUGUCUCAUAAAUUCAGAACUAAUCUGCAAAAUAAGGGGACCCCUUCUAGAAAUUGAUGCGCGCGCAAUUAGUAUUCCAUGUUUCUAAACAUGGCAGGUCGCAGUGGUUUUGACGAUGGUAAUCCGAGGGACUAUGGAGGCGGCAGGAGAACUGUGGGCGGCCGUCCUCUCCCAACCGAACCACCAUACAAGGCCUACGUUGGGAACUUACCCUCUGGUCUCAUUCAAGGCGAUAUUAACAGAAUCUUUCCAAAUCUGGCCGUUAAAAAUGUCCGGCUGGUUAUGGAUAAGGAAACAGAUCUAUUCAAAGGAUUUUGCUAUGUGGAAUUUGAGUAUCUCAAUGAUCUCAUAAAAGCAAUCGAAAUGAAUGGUUCUCUAAAGGUAGAUGAUAAAUUUGUAAAAAUUGAUGUUGCGGAAGAAAAAAGGAAUGAUAGAGGAGGUGGCUUCGAUCGGGGAAGACGCGAGGGUCGUGAUGGCGGGAGGGACGGUCGUGGUGGGUUCCGGCGAGAGGGAGGUGGCCGUGGUACGUACGACGACAGGAGGACCCCGGGGUUCACACAUGAACGCGAGCGUGGCGGCGGGGCGAGCGGGGAGCGAUGGAACGACCGUGGCGGGGAGCGGCCGGAGCGCGGGGGUGAGAGGUGGAAUGAGCGCGGCGGGGAGAGGGGUGCGAGAGGGGGCAGCGAGGAACCCCGCGGGGGAGACUGGGGGAGGAUGGGGAGACAGCCGUCAGCACCCAGGCAGCAACCACGUCGCUUUGACGACAUGCCGCCAGCCAGAGCCGACACAUCAGGUAGACCGAAGCUGGUACUGGAGCCGCGGACGGUGAAGGAGCCUGUCAACUCGCUGGCUGCUACAAGCCAGGCCUCCUCUAUAUUCGGCGGCGCCCGGCCGAGGGAGGAACGACUCAAAGAACUCGCCGAGGAAUAGUCCCAUCGACCCCAAACUCCUCUGUGUAUAUGUAUCGCCCAUACUUCCAUACUAAAUUCGACCUUGUACAUGAACCGGUUUUUUUUGUUAGGUUGUGAAGUUGUAAAUCAUUUUUUUUAAUAGCUCUACUGUAACGCUUGUUCAAGGCAUCAUUUUAAAUUUGCUAGUUUCUCGUCCGGGCUUGUGUGUAUGAUAUUUGCUUUCAUAUCUAAAUUCAACUAUAAUUCACUUUGGGUGAUAUAAAGAUAUUUUUAUUGUUUUUUUUUUUUCUCCAGUUUGCUUCUUUUGAGAAUUAAAUGAAAUUAGUUCUCUAAUGUAAUGGAUUAUCAUUUUCUUGUUUGUUUGAUUUGUUAGGUCGUAAAAAUUAAUCAUUGAACGAGUAAUAAUGAAACAUAAUUUAAGAGUUGAUUAAUAUAAUGUAAUUAUGGUGUCAUUAAUAAAUUAAACUUCCACGUAAAUGAAUUUCUAUUUUAUUAGAUAUUGUUUAAUGUCAUUACAUACGUGGCAGAGAAAAAAUCGCAAAAUUGUAACGAAUGUUAGAAAGAAUUAAUAAAAAGAGAAUUUCUAUGCAACAGAUGAUUUGUAUUAGCUUUCUCCAUUGAUCCUCUCCUUAACCCAUUUCAAUAUUAUUUUUUAUUAAUGAUUACUACUUUAAAAUACAUCGACAUCUUUAUA